AUGCAGAAGAGUGUUGACAAAGAUCGAACAACAAAACGUUCCGGCUUUCUCAGAAGGUUGGUAGAAGACAUAUUCAACAAUGUUAUUGCAAGGUCAAAUGACAGAAGCUUAAAAGUAAUUGAGUUUAAGCUCCCAGCAGAUCUGGAAGAUGUUAUGGAUUUAGCAUUGGAUGAGCCAACGGAAGACAUAAAGCUUCUAGAGAUCUGUCAGGAUGUUAUCAAAUACAGCGUGAAGACAGGCCAUCCUUUGUUCUUCAACCAACUGUAUGGUGGGAUGGAUCAAUAUACCUUAGGAGGGGCGUGGCUCACUGACGCUCUGAAUACAAGCAUGUUUACUUAUGAAGUUGCUCCGGUAUUUACUCUUAUGGAGAAAUAUGUGGUCAACAAAAUGCUGGGACUGGCUGGACUUUCCUCGGGCGACGGUAUCUUCUGUCCAGGAGGAUCAAUUUCUAACAUGUAUGGUUUGAACCUAGCUAGGUGUAAACGAUUCCCAGAAUUCAAAAUGGACGGUAUGACAUCACUUCCGCCUUUGCGCAUUCUCGCAUCAGAACAGGCUCACUUCAGCAUAAAGAAGGGCGCGGCAUUUUUAGGCUUCGGUACAAAGAGUGUUGUACCUGUGAAAUGUGACGUAAGAGGUAGAAUGUUGACGUCAGAACUGGAGAAGAAUAUACAAAUGAUUAAGUCCAAGGGAGAAGAACCAGUGUGCGUCGUCGCCACUUCCGGUACGACCGUCCUCGGUGCGUUUGAUCCCCUAUGCGAAAUAGCUGAUAUCUGUGAUGAGCACAAACUUUGGAUGCACGUUGAUUCAGCUUGGGGUGGUGCAGUUCUAUUAUCAAAGAAACAUCGGGAACUGAUGUCUGGCAUCGAAAGAGCCGACUCUCUAACAUGGAACCCUCACAAAAUGAUGGGUGCCCUCAACCAGUGUUCAGUGUUCCUAACAAGACACAAGGAUAUGCUGACGAAGAGUCAUUCUACUGGAGCAGAAUAUCUGUUCCAACCUGACAAGUGUUACGACGUGACAUUUGACACAGGGGACAAAUCUGUCCAAUGUGGCCGUAAAGUGGAUGUUCUCAAACUCUGGGUCAUGUGGAAAUCUAAGGGAGAUAAACAGCUGGAAAAGGCCGUAGACAACGCCCUAGAUUGUGCAAAGUAUCUCGCCAAUAGAAUGGCCGAUACAGAGGGCUUCCGUCUGCUUCUCCAGCCUGAGUUUACCAAUAUUUGUUUUUGGUAUAUUCCACCGAGCAUGCGCAAUGAAAAGGAAGAUGAAGGCUGGAAAACGCGUUUAUCAAAGGUGGCACCAGCAAUCAAAAAACAGAUGAUGUCGGAGGGGUCGAUGAUGAUUGGAUACCAGCCCAAAGAUAACAAUGUCAACUUCUUCCGCGUGGUUCUCUCUAACCUCGAUAUAACAAGGGAAGAUAUGGACAAUGUGGUCACUACCAUAGAUAGACUAGGAAGGAGUAUAUAG